AUGAAUACAAUGAAAUCUAACAGGAAUGGAAAAAAUAUAUACAGUCAACCAGCUUUCAAGGUUAAAAUUUCUAAAAGAAAGAAGUUGGCGGCAUCCAAAUUUAAAAAAAAAUGUACCAAUUCAAGUGCUGAGGUGCUGAGGUCAAAAAACAGACGGGAACCACAGAGUGAUGGCAUAACCAAUUUUUUAGCUAAGAAAUCUGACAUAAAGAUUCCUUCCCCACCAAAAAGUUUGUUAGAAGAAAUCAAAGAAGAAAAAAUCAAGCUGGCAGGGUACGGCAUAGAUAUUGGUGCUACUCAUUGGAGCUUUCCUUUUCUGUGGGAUAAUGAUGAGUUUUUAAUCUCACUUACUAAUGAUUUACUAAAUAACUUAUAUAAGAAGCCUGUGAGUAGAGCUGUAUCCACCCGACCACUGAAUUCCUUCAUGGCCUUUAGAGUAUAUAAUGCGCAAUUUGGGUACGGCCUCAGACAAAAUAUUUUAUCAUCGCUACUUGCGUCCGCGUGGCACUCGCACCCGGAACAGCAGAACAUAUGGGACACAUUUGCGCAGCAGUUUAAUUUUGUCAAGCCGAAGUGUGGGUUUGUGGAGUGGGUGGAUCAAAGAUAUGAGCGGGAGAGUUAA